ACAGUUUAAUUGAUAGAACGCUGCUCUCCAACUGCACAAUUGUCUUUUCAUAGUUGUAUCUAUUUUGAACUGAACAUUCUGCAUUUUUUUGCAGUCACCCGACAAUGACAGUUUCACACAAAGAUAGAGAAAUCAAAGUAUUGUUCUGUCUUCUUAAGAAUCAUCCCGUGUUUCAGCUGAAGGACAGACAGUGCCCACCCAUGAAACAGCAAGCUCUACAACACAGAUCAGUAUGAAAGCAUGUGAGAGUACAAUAAACUUUGAGGUGAAAGUAUAAUUUCCAUUUCAUGUGGGAAGAGUGAUAUUGAAAUCUUAAAGAGAACCCCAGGAAUUCAGGCUGUAUUAUCUUGUAGAUCUGUGGUUCACAAAGCAAGGCUGAAAAGACAUCAGACAUCCCAAGGACACUUUGAAAUGAAAGACACACAAACACAUAAGCUUCAUGAAGAUUUGAAAUGGACUUAGCCAUGUUUAUCACCAUUCAAUUCAUCUGAAAUAUCUGUCAUUUUGCUUACUAGCAUGUUUCUGUUGUGUACCAUCUCUUGGGAAAGUGCACAAAUGGCCAGCUACAUACUUAGCUACUGUAACACAGAUGACAGACAAUGAUAUACUCAACGGUGGCAACGAUGAUAUGUAAGAAAAUAUGAAAGAAAAUGUAAUUCCCAAAGCCUGCAUAGAAAAUCUUUAGGAUGACAGAAACUUUCCCAGAGGAAACAGGGCUAUAGUCUUGCUUUAGACAGUCAUGCUGUGUAGUUAUGGAUCAGGUCUCAUCAUCUCAGGUUUCCUGCUGGCUUUCAACACUCACAACGUCCAGCUCUCCUGGAUUCACAAGCUCUAAAUAUAGCUGCCUUGAAGUCAGAUGGGACUGCAAACUACUGCGAAGAAACUCACUCACGUCUUUUUAGUCAACACUUUCUGUAUUCUAAGGCUUUCAGUCACUUUUUUGGCCUACGUGACAUGCAAGGACAUGGGAUUAAUCAGGAAUCAAGAGGCUUUAUGUCAGUGAUCUAAUUUUAAUUGCCACAGAAACUUCUACGCAGGUUUACGUCAAGGAAAGUUCCAAUAGUUUGUUCAAGGGCUGGUCGUUGCUCCAGCAGAAAUGAUAUGCCAUUUGUCUUUUUUAGUUAUCUGCAGUCUUUUCGUGUCUCAGUGCUAUGGUGGCUGUGCGGAGGUGGACUCCCUGACUGAAGCCGUGGCAGGAGAAGGUUUCCUGCUGGGCUGCAUCUCCUGUAAAAUAAGAGAGGAGGUCCCUGCCCAAGCCACCGUAGAUUGGCACUUCAAACCGCUGGGAGAGGAGGAGUUCAUGCAUAUUUUCCACUAUGAGCACCCCAGUGCCGACAUCCUCCAUGAAGAUUUCAGUGACCGCCUGGAGUGGCAUGGGACACAAAACAGCGAUAUUCAGACAGGAUCCAUUUACAUUCAAAAUGUCACCUUCAAUGACACAGGAAUGUACCGCUGCACGGUCCAUCGCACUCUCUUCCUGUCGCAAUAUCACGAGCAUGUAACUGUGGAGAAGGAGGUGGAGCUCAGCGUAGUGGCUGUAGCCAAUCCGGAGCUGACAGCGGUGAUCUCAGAGAUAAUGAUGUACGUGCUGAUCGUGGUUCUGCAGCUGUGGCUCAUUAUAGUUAUGGUCUACUGUUAUAAGAAGAUUUCGGAGGAGCACGAAGCUCGGGAGGCCCGUAAAGCUCUCAAGGCUCAGGCACAACUAAUAGAAUCAAAAGACAACUGUGACGGGGUGCAGCUAGAGUAACACUACUGGUGAAAAAAGAUCAUCUCUGCAAGAGUCAAGCUUCAUUACUGUAUUUUUCUAACAAAGACACAAUUACUGUAUGAGAAGGUGAUUUUUAAACGCCUUGGUCUGCGAAGUCAUAAAUGCAACUUGUAUGGUUAAGUACAAAUAGAAGCUGAUAGGCAGAUUUCCUUUAGAUUUCAGUGAAAUGCAAUGUCAAAGGUGUGCUAUGAGACUAUUGGAUGGAUCUGUGAAAAAAACGCCUUUAAAGGUUUUUUAAAAACAAAUGGCCUUCAGUGUAGGGAAUCCAAUGAAUGGUUAUUCUUAUUGUUGAAUAAUGUCAAAAAUGACAAUGUCAAUUUACCAGAGCAUAAAGUAAUGUGUCCAAACAACUUAAAGUAAAAAGUUUAUCCGUUAUCCAAUUGGCCAGUGAUGAAUUUUCUAUUCUUUCAAAUGACUGACUUAUUAAGUAAAUAUUACUGAGGCGUGUACCAUGUAAAUACGCAAGGCUUAAUAACCCAGAACAUUUGUAGCAACUAAUGUCCUCUUUUACUUCUAUUUUGACUACAUGCCAGAGAAAUCUGUCUUUGUAAUAAUUUUGCCAUCAGUUGAAAAUAACAAAGUAACAAAUGAGGUCUCUAUGUGCUGAACUUUGACCGUCAUGUCUUUAAAACACCAAAUGAUAGUUCUUCAGUUUCAUUAACAUGACCUUCUAGGUAUCUGAGAAAACUUAUCAUGACAUUGACAUCACUCCCAAAGCUUAAGCGUUUGUUAAGCAGCAUGUCUUUAACAACACUGUUCUAGUAAAUCUAAAUUUAUAUGUUUGUGCUAGUCCACAUCUGUCCAAAUUAGUAAAUUAACUUGCAUAAACUAAAUAUUUUUGUAUAUAAUUUUUAUGUCCACUGCACUUGCUGCAUUUACUUUGUUGGCAAUGACUUAAAAACAGAAACUAAUGAUCUUAUCAGUAUUAACUUGGACAAUGAUCCACUGUUGAGACACAACAUUUCUUGUGUAAAUACUGUGUAAUGUGUUUUAUAAAAUAUGUUCAUUUAGAGAAAUUAAUAAUGUUUUGGAGAAAAUACAUUGAUCUCUUGACAGAAUUUUGCCCUUUGCUGUUUCUGCCAGUCCCACUAGAGAAUAUGAGUAAAAACAUCUCUCUCUUAAACAUCACUUAUUUGUACGUUUCAGGCAACAUGCACACACAGAGACACACACAUACAAAAACACACACAACUACAACAGAGAGUUAAAGGACAUUUGGAGGUGAUUGUGUUGUAACUCAAUCUAGUCUGAGCUUUGCAGCAGACUGUCCAGACUACCUCCAGUUUGAAAGCAGCUUUGUUCUCCCGCUGCAGCCCGGCACCGUCCUGAAAAUGACCACACGCUACUCCUCCUCCAGCAAAAUGUGAACAUUAGAGGGUUUUUUUAUUUA